AUGACCAAAAUAUGUAAAGAGAUGUCCUCUCAGGAGGCGAACGGUUCCGCGGGAGGCGUCGACAACAGCAACGGUCUGCCGAUCGCCAAGAGUUUGGCCACCAAUCGAGUGAAGAAGUCGUCGGCGAGUCAUCACAAGAUGGAGACGACGGUCUCGUCGGACGAAAUGCAAUCACUUUUAGCGAAAUUGAAAGAAUUGGUUCCCAAUAUUCCUCGCAAUAAGAAGUUAUCGAAACUGGAAAUCAUUCAAUACGUGAUCGACUAUAUCUUUGACCUCCAACUGGCGCUCGACACGCAUCCAACACAUCCACAACCACUCUGUCAGUCGGCCAACAACUCGACCGCCAGCUCUUCCAACUCUCUAACCAGUCUUCGGCAACCAUUGGCUAUAAAGUGGUCGUCAUAG